AUGUCGUCGUCAGAGGGUGCACCGGAGUCAUGGAUCUCCUCAUUCUGCUCGUUGAUGGGCCAUGAGUUCUUUGCGGAGGUGUCGGAGGAUUUCAUCGAGGAUGACUUUAACCUGACUGGACUCCAGUCGCAGGUGCCAAGAUACAAAGAGGCGCUGGAGAUGAUUCUCGACGUCGAGCCUGAGGAUGACGAGGAGGAAGAAGAGGAAGAGGAAGAUGACGAUGACGAGAUCUUGGGUGAUGAGCGACCGGUCGAAUACCGAAGGGCGGGCGAGCGACGACACGCCCGCGUGGCCAGCGAUUUAAGCGAUAUCGAAAGCUCUGCAGAGUUGUUGUACGGCCUAAUCCACCAGCGAUACAUCACCUCGCGGCCCGGUAUCCAACAAAUGCUGGAGAAGUAUGAGAUGCAACAUUUCGGCGUUUGCCCGCGUGUCAACUGCAACGGAUGCAAGGUCCUCCCCGUAGGCCGAUCUGAUACCCCGGGCCAGGAAACCGUCAAGCUCUUCUGCCCCGGCUGCAUGGACAUCUACACCCCUCCCAACAGCCGCUUCCACUCUGUCGACGGAGCCUUCUUCGGCACCACCUUUGGUUGCCUGUUUUUCAUGACUUUCCCCGAUCUGGAUAUUGGACCUCGCCUGGACGCUUCGCUGGCGUCCGCCGUGUCACGCAAUGCCUCACAACCGAACCGGUCCCCACCCCCUCAAGUACCAUUCGAGUCGCCUACACCAGACGACCAGCCGCUGGAAAUUAACGGCGUGCGUACAUCUAAUUUCUGUCCGGGACUCGGACGCGGCAAGAUCUACGACUCCAAGAUCUACGGAUUUAAGGUAUCCGAAGCCUCGCGCGUCGGUCCCCGGAUGAGAUGGCUACGGAUGAAGCCCAGGGAUAUGUACGAGCUCGACGAAACGGACAUCCAUGAGAAAAUGGCCGCCCGCCAAGGGCCGGGAGAAUUUCAACCACCGGGUGACAAGGACGGUGACAUGGAAAUGAACCCCGAGCAAACUCAAGAGAUGGCCAUCGCAAACCGGAAGAAAGCACCUAUGCGCCGGCGGCGGCGAGAGGCGGGAGACCCGACACCGUCGGACCGCAUGAGUGUCCAAGGCGCUGAAAUCGGUUGA